AGGCCCGUACGAGCCCGGGGCCAGCGAGUCUCUCUGGAAUGUAACAUCUAUCUUUUUUUGUUUUUAGGAACCGUCCGACGAAGAUCUGACAAAGAUCCAAAAGUGUUUUCUCUACCGCUGGAGCCUGGAACUGAUGGCAGAGAAUGUCAACAAAUAAUAAUAUAGCACAGGCCAGGAAGCUGGUGGAGCAACUCCGCAUUGAAGCAGGGACUGAGCGCAUCAAGGUGUCGAAGGCGGCAGCGGACCUGAUGAAUUACUGCGAGCAGCACGCUCGUAACGACCCCCUGCUGGUAGGCGUGCCCACCUCCGAAAACCCCUUCAAGGACAAGAAGCCUUGCAUCAUCCUAUAGCUCCGCCCCUGGCCACGCCCCCCGCAGCGGGCUCUGGGGAUCUCCAAUCAAGACCAACUUCAGCAACAACACAAGUCAUUGGACGAGGGGAAAAUAUCAAAAUAUCACUUAAUGUUGAGUUUCAAUAGGGGGAAUCUAAACACACACACAAAUAUAAAAAAAAAAAAUACAUUUUGCUGAAAAGGUGAAGGUGUGUUUUGGGAAAUCAAAUGAGUUAAUGUUAGUGUUCGUAAAGGAUAAAUAAAAAGUGGGUGGGUCAUUUUUCUUUUUUAAAGUGAAAAUACUCAGAUAGUCAGUGAUUUUUCAGCAGGGGGCGGUGCUGAUUCUGGAAGUCGUUUCAUUACGAU